ACUGUGGGUAACAAAUAAGAAAAAACGUGUACCUAAUCAUAUAAAGACGUUAGGGAAAUCAAAAAAGCAAUUUUAAAGAUCAUAUUUCUUGUAUCUUGUAGCCAUUAAAUUGCCGUUUUCUUAAGGAACGUUUUAAGCACAAUGGCAAGCGUUAAAUCUAACAAAGUGUUAAGUAUGAUCGCAGUGGGUUUGAUGUGGUAUGUAGCCGACGCCAGAAAUCUUUUCGUGGACCGAAAAGAAGCAAAACCGCACAAACUUUUGCUUGUGUCCUUCGACGGCUUCAAAUGGGAUUAUGCGGACCGUACUCCUGAACUGGAAGCAUUUCAAUAUUUGCGCGCGAAUGGCGUCACGGCAGAUUACAUACAAGGGCCCUACCCAACACAGACGUCACCAAGCCAUUUCACCAUAGCUACAGGUCUAUACACCGAGUCCCACGGUGUUGUACACAACUGCUACUUUAAUAUCAGUGAACAACAAGUGCGAGACACAUUCUACACUACACUUGCAGUAAAUGAAUGGUGGGAUAAUGGGGCGGAGCCUAUAUGGAUAACAGCUGUCAAUCAAGGCUUACGUAGCGGAGGUUACAUGUUCCCUGGAAGUUAUGCAAGCAUUGGCGGUGUAACUGCCACAAAACGUAUUUUGGAAACUUCUGAUACACCAUUUGAAGAAUCGGACUGGAGAGUGAGAAUAGACGAGACAAUGAAGUGGUUCAAUGAUGAUGGUCUUGAUAUGAUUGCCUUGUACUUUGAACAACCUGACGUUUACAGCCAUAGAUACGGACCAGACAGCCCCGGAAUUGCUAACAAAAUAAUGCCGUUGCUAAAUCGAACAAUUAUGUACUUGAUUGAAAAAGUUGAAGAAGCUGGCCUAACUGAUGAUCUGAACAUCAUUAUUACAAGUGACCAUGGUUUUACCGAAAUCGACAAGACAGUAGGGCGUGAAGAUGCGAUAUCACUUGCCCAGUAUGUAAACCAAUCUUUUAUUGACUUCCAAUUCGCCUACUCGGCUAUUGCACUAGUGGAACCAAAACCAGGGUACGAGGAAUACGUACGCGACGAACUGCAAAAGGGUAACCCACACAUGCAAGUCUUUCUAAAACAAGAUCUUCCUGAGAGGUUGCAUUACACACACAACGAUCGUAUUCCGUCUAUUGUUAUUAAAGUUGACCCUGGUUAUGCUGCGUAUCAGAUAUUCCCUGGUAUUCAUGUAAACGCUGGCGAGCAUGGCUACGACAACAACUUGGAGAGCAUGCGGGCAUCUUAUUAUAGUAUUGGGCCAUCUUUUAAGAAAAACUACUCAUUUUCCGGGUUCGAAACAGUAAACAUGUAUCCGCUAAUGUGUCACCUGCUGGGUCUUGAGCCAGCUCCAAACAACGGCUCAUUAUCCGUCCUUAUGGAAACCUUGGUAUCCGAGAGUGAAACGACAACUUUGAAAGACCGUGAAACUACUGGCAGCAGUACAACUAUUCCUUUGUUAGAACAAACGACCACUGGAAGUGCGUCAAAACUGAACGGAGCAAACCUUAUGCUUGUAUUCAUGUGGCUGCUAAUCGCAAGUGUUUUGUAAACAUAUUGUGCAUAGCCGUUAGCUGUAUUAUUUGAUCGAUAUAAACAUUUAACGGGUGAGCAUAUAGUAGGGUGUGGGAAGACGGGACACCUUUAGCACACAAUAUCUAAGUAUCCUGAUCGUGUUUUUAAAAAAUUAACCAUGGUCUACAAAGGUUGUGAGGGUGCGGUUUUAUAAUUCUUUGAAUUUUU